AUGAAGAGGACACCACUGAAGCUUAACAAGAAAGGGCAAGAGUACAUGGGUGCCGAGCUCUCGCGCCAGACCCUGUCCCCUCUUUACUCGAAUGAGCUCUCACCGGGUAUUAGGACAAGGGAAGGACUCCUCGGAAAUCAUGGUGAUCGAAUUAGUAUGCUUCCCGAUGAUGUAUUAGUGUUGAUACUAUCUUCGUUGAGCUUGAAAGAAGCUACAGCGACUAGCAUACUUUCCUCUCGAUGGAAGAACUUGUGGAACUUAACACCCAAACUAGAUCUAGAUCUCGAUUGGACAGCAAUACUAAACAAGCGGAGAAAUUAUGACAUGAACAACAUGAACAACUUGAGUUGCGAGUAUGUUAGAUGGGUUGAUCGCCUACUCACCACGCUCCCGAAAUCUUCCACCACUAAUCUUGUCAGAUUCAGAGUGUUGUUUGAGUUAACUUCAUUUUUCACGGUAUAUAUCGAUGAUUGGGUUAGUUACGCCGUGAGUAGAAAGGUUGAGCAUCUUGAAUUGAUUUUGGACGCGUGCUUACCAAGAGAGUAUUACUCUUUCCCUUACAAAAAAGGGAAUUUCCCCGAAAAUCUGAGGUGGCUGAAGAAGCUUAGUUUGCAUUGUGUGAAUGUGAGUGGUGAGACUGUGGAGUUUUUGUUGAGGAAAUGUCGUCUUCUCGAGCAACUGUCCCUGUCCCAGUGUGGAAAGGGGCUUUCGUCUCUGGAGAUUGUUAGGACCUCGCCAGUGUUCAAAUGCCUAGAAAUUAGCCAGUGUUAUAGUCUGAACUCAGUUGUGGUUCGUGAAUCGAAGGUUGUCUGCAUCAAGUACGCUGGUGUGGGUGAACCACGUUGUCGUUUCAAGCUCGUCGAUGUUCCUCUCUUUUCUCAGCUCUGGAUUCAAGCGGAGGCAUAUACGCGGUUGUCUUAUAUUAUUAACAUCACAGACAUUAUAAACAUGUUUGAUGAUGUGCUUCCACAACUACACAUGCUCAAGAUAUACACUAAGUCCAAAAUUUCCCUCUAUGACAAUUUGCACAAGAUGAUGCCUAAUCUUAAGGAAUUGGUGGUGGUGGUUGGGAGUGAUUACGGUGACAAGUAUUCUCUCGUGCCAAUAAUACGUUGGUUCAGUGUGGCUCCUUGCUUGCAAAGAUUUGUUCUAGAGGCGCCACACCAAGAGAAGAUCAAAGAAGAAAAGAAGGUGUCGAGGGCUCCUAAAGUGUUUUCUAUUGAUUGCUUGCUUAAUGGUAGUGAUUUGGAAGUUUGGGAUAUUAACAGAAGAAACGAAGUUCAGAGAGCUUAUUCUCACAUCAAGGAAGUAAAAUUUGUUGGGUAUCGUGGUGUGUAUAAUCAUAUUCAAAUGAUUUCACUGUUGGCGCACCAAGGUUCUGCACUAGAGAAGAUAAUUGUGGAUACACGAUCUUUCGAACUUCACGAGAAUAUGCCGUGGGAUCGCAUUUCUCGAAACCAAAACGAGGAUGAAAUAAUUGCAAGGAAGCGUGCAAAGAGCGAACUUAAACAUGUUACUUCAGGAAUAAAUGUCAGCAUACUCUAG